GAGCCGACCCAAUGCAGGCGCCGAGCGAGCUGGGAGAGAUUUAAAACGCUUUGGAUUCCCUGGGCCUGGGUGGGGAGAGCGAGCUGGGUGCCUCCUGUCUCCUCUACUUUCAGCACCUCAUGAGCCGACCCUCGGCCCCAUGGAUCCUGGCAAUUAUGCCACCUUGGACGUGGCCAAGGAUAUCGAAGGCUUGCUGGCAACCGGAGGGAGUCGGCAUCUAGUCGCCCACUCCCCAUUGACCAGCCACCCAGCGGCGCCUACGCUGAUGCCCGCUGCCAACUAUGCCCCCCUGGAUCUGCCAGGCUCUGCGGAGCAGCCGAAGCAGUGCCACCCAUGCCCUGGGGUGCCUCAGGGGGCAUCCCCAGCUCCAGUGCCUUACGGCUACUUUGGAGGCGGGUACUACUCUUGCCGAGUGUCCCGGAGCUCGCUGAAACCCUGUGCCCAGGCAGCCACCCUGGCUGCCUACCCUGCAGAAACUCCUGCGGCCGGGGAGGAGUACCCCAGCCGCCCCACCGAGUUUGCCUUUUAUCCAGGGUACCCAGGACCCUACCAGCCUAUGGCCAGUUACCUGGAUGUGUCUGUGGUACAGACCCUGGGCGCCCCUGGGGAGCCCCGUCACGACUCUCUGCUGCCAGUGGACAGUUACCAGCCCUGGGCUCUCGCUGGCAGCUGGAACAGCCAGAUGUGUUGCCAGGGAGAACAGAACCAACCGGGUCCCUUCUGGAAGGCGGCAUUUGCAGACUCGAACGCACAGCACCCUCCCGACGGCUGCGCCUUCCGCCGAGGCCGCAAGAAACGCAUUCCCUACAGCAAGGGGCAGCUGCGCGAGCUGGAGCGCGAGUACGCGGCUAACAAGUUUAUCACCAAGGACAAGAGGCGCAAGAUCUCGGCGGCCACCAGCCUCUCUGAGCGCCAGAUCACCAUCUGGUUUCAGAACCGCCGGGUCAAGGAGAAGAAGGUCCUCGCCAAGGUCAAGACAAGUGCUACCCAGUGAGGGAGCUCCUUGGCUGGGUGGGGGGAACAGAAGGAGAAGUCCCUGGGGAGACCAGGACUCUGCCAGGGCCAGGCUGGGCCCCAGGACUCUGCUGAGGUGGCCCCCCAGAGAGAACACCCUUCCCAGGCCAUGGCUGGCUCCCUGGGCUGUUCCUCAGAGGCAAGCUGGAUACCCCCAUCUGCUGCAGAGAGCAAGUUAGGCCAGAGUUAGGCCCAUUCCUCCAGGGCUACACCACUCAAAGGACCUAUCUCAGUCAUAAUCCUUCAUCCUCACAUUGGCGAUAAUCACCAUAACCAGAUCCAGUGGCCAUGAUAGUUAGCCUCAUAUUUUCUAUCUAGAGCUCUGUAGAGCACUUUCAAAACCGUUUUCAUGGAUUGAGCUGAUCAGGAAUAAACUUGGAA